GAAGUGGUCGGUCGCAGAAACACGAUCGACCGUUACGUACCUGAAUUCUUAAAUAUUUAGUCUUGGCCAUCAUCUUUUUCCUCGCCACGAUGGACACCGACGUCGAGUCUUGUUUGAAAGAUUGGAACGACCUAGCACAAGAUUAUAAGGAAUUGGAAGCAUUAAACAGGGAAUACCUUGCAAAAUUAGAGGAAGUAAGUGAGCUCCAAGCAAAAUGUUUAAAAGGUAUUUCUCAUCAGAAGUACAGAAUGGGUGUAAUAUCGAAAUCACUCAAACAAUUACAUGCCAGCGAAGCACGAAAAAGUUUAGACAAAGAUAUGACAAGAAGACACCAACAGUUACAUGAAAUAGAACAGGGUUUGCCAAAAAGAAAUGGCACAUACCUCCAAAUUAUUUUAGGCAGUGUUAAUGUUUCCAUAUUAAAUAAGAGUGAUAAAUUCAAAUAUAAAGAUGAGUACGAAAAGUUUAAAUUAAUCCUGUCUGUAAUUGGUUUUAUUCUAUCUGUGUUAAAUCUAGUAACUAAUGUCAGAACCUUGGAACUUAGUUUUAUGUUCCUUUUAGUCUGGUACUAUUGCACACUGACAAUACGGGAGAGUAUAUUAAAGGUAAAUGGCUCGAGAAUCAAAGGUUGGUGGAGAUUUCACCAUUUCCUUUCUACUGUAGUAUCUGGUGUUCUGCUAGUAUGGCCUAACACAGGGCCAUGGUAUGCGUUUCGACAACAAUUUAUGUGGUUCAACGUGUAUAUUAGUGUCGUACAGUAUUUGCAAUUCUGUUAUCAACGCGGUGUUUUAUAUCGCUUGAAAGCAUUAGGUGAAAGACACAAUAUGGAUAUCACUAUCGAAGGUUUCCAUUCAUGGAUGUGGCGUGGAUUGUCGUUUUUGUUGCCAUUCCUUUUUGCCGGAUACCUGUUUCAAUUGUACAAUGCAUAUGUAUUAUACACAUUAACAUCCCACCCAGAAGCUACAUGGCACGUUCCACUCCUCAGUGCAAUGUUCUUGGUACUAUUCCUGGGUAACACAGCAACAACUAUCAUAGUGAUUCCACAAAAGCUUAGACAACGUAUGAGAGAUCAUCUUCCUGGAGUGUUUGCAUCCAGACCUGAUAAAAAAAGAGAGGUAAAUGGAGAGAAGGAUGUGAAAGAUGAAAAAUCUGAUUGAACUCGGAAUAGUAUGCAUUAAAUGUAUUGGUUAAUGGGGCGAGUAUGGGAAACAUCUGAUUGAAAAAUGAGAUAGAUACACAGACAAUGAAUACGUUGAACAAACCUGCGGAAUACGAAGUUAAAUGUAGUCUGAGUAAACAAGUAGCCAAACAUAAUAGUUCCGAAUGAAGAAAUG